AUGGAAACCCGUUGGCCUUUUGAACUUAUUCCUGUUUUGGACUUGCACGCAAGGAAAGCCACAGUGGAAUGGUCAGAGCUCUCCAAGCGACAGCGACGACGGCUGGUGGAGGACAAGUACUGGACGAAUGUGCACCUCAACGCCAUCGAGCGCAGGAAGCGCCGCAUGCACCGACUGGAAAAAGAACAUGACGCCCUCUUCCGGGAGUACGCAGAGAUUGUGCAGAAGGAAUUGGUGGAUGCCAGGGAUGCAGGUAGCUUGGGAAGCAAGCCGCCUGCCAGCAGAAGCCGAAGUUCGGCUAUGCCCGUGGAGCCUUCGCGCUUUUCGGACGUUUGCUUGAUCGAUACGCUGCGAGCGCACGGCUUCAAAGUCCCGUAUACGGCCAGCGGGCCUUUCUGGGCAGUGGCUGAUGGCAACCGCUUUCUGCGACCUUGGAGCUGCGUGCAGCCCGUUUCUCAUGAAGCACUGCGGGAGGCUGAUCAGGACGUUGAGCUGAUCGUGCACAGCAAAUCGCAUUUUGUCGCUUUGCGAAAGCUUGAAGGGGAGUGGCAAGUUAACUUUGGCCACAAGAGGCACGUUUGGCAUGAUGCUGUGAUCGCCACAGCGCCCAAUGGAGUCGGGCCCUACUGGCGACGGGAUGAAAAGUGGCAUGUGGACAUAAGCCAGGUCACGGCCUUUGCAAUUGUCCACAAUGGCGAAGGCUACGUAGCCCCGCGCAGCGACCGCAUUGGCUCUUCUGAGUCGCCGGCUUUCCCAACCUUCAUCGACAGCGAGUUCUCUAGCACGCCGGACAGCCCUUCCUCGUCUUCCUGCAGUUCUUUGCUUCAAUCAGUUGUCUUGGAGAGGCUUGUCCCACAAGGCGCAUGGUCCACUUCGCUGCGUGAGAGCAGGUCCGCCUUCAACCUCCUGCUUGAAUCCAGCUCCCAAUCUGACAGACUGUCAUCAGAAACGGUGGCCAGGGUCUUCAAGCGCUUGCGCAUCUACUUUUCCAUGUGCCGCCAGUUUGUGGACUUGAUUCAGCAGAAUCCUUCCAGCCUCAUUCUUCCUAACCCUUGCGACCCCUGUAUCAGCAAGAGGGAAUGGGAACGGGCUGCGUGGAACCAGCGGCAGGCCUUUCAACAAAACCGCGAUGCCGAACAAGCUGAAUGGGAGCAGCGGCAAGCUUCGCCACAAAGCAGUGAUGCUUUGGGAGGUAGUAUUGUGGCAGUGGUGUCAGUGCUGACUGGAGAGCACAUAUGCUCGUGUGAUUUUGAACAUGAUGGUGAUCGAAGUUUGGUAGACGUAGUUCGAAAUGUUGCUAGCGGAGUGUGCCAGCUACCUUUUUUUGCCAUCGACGUCUUCUGUAGUGACAGCGAAGAGUCUGCUGCAUCACCAGCCCUUUUGCAGGAAGAUUUGACAUGGCUUGACUUGGGACGGCCAGCCGAAGUCCAGAUACUUAAGAAACAUCGGGUAUUGGAAUGGACUGAGGACAUCUUCACUGCAGUGGACAUGCGGGACACUGACGCAGUGAGGUGGUGUUUGACACAGGGGCAAGACCCCAACUGCACAUUGCAGCAGUCUGUCUUGUGUUGUGCGGUGGAGACAGGCUCUCUACCAGUUGUCCAGAUGCUGCUGAAAGGUCAGGCAUGCCCAAAUUUUGCUCCACACAGCCGCAACCGCCCAUUGCACACGGCGGUUCUUCAUGACCAAGAUCAUGUCUUGUCAGCCCUGCUGGAGUCCGGAGCAGAUCCCAACUUGGUCAAUGGGAAUGGCGACUCGAGCUUAUGGACGGUCUCCAAAGUCUUCGCACGUCAGCAAAAGUAUUGGGAUGUACUAGAACUUGGGACUGGUCAACAAAUCAAGCGCAUCUUGGCCCGAUUUUUGGGACACCCAACGUUUGCGAUCAGCAUCUUCGCUGACGGCGCAGCAGUCUUUGAAGAGGCCACGUGGGGCCCGUUAGGCUUUCCAGCCAGCCUCCAAGUGAUUCUCAAACAGAGAACAACAACGCACACAUCAACACUCGUUCAUUCCAUCUUGGCUGGAGAUGUUGGUGGUGCGAAAGCAGCUCUGGAAGCCGGCCAAGAUCCAGAUUGCUGGGUAAAAAUCACUGGGCGCUUCUCUGAGCCAGCUUUAUCGGCAGCAAUCGCUGUGCGCAGCACCCGAUGCGUCAGCUUGCUGCUCGAAGGCCUCGCAAAUCCAAACGCUGCUGGAGGCGAUCGCCGGACCGCAUUGCAUUUGGCAGCGUUGGUUGCUGAGCCACUCAUUGCCAAAGCAGUCCUGAUGGCCCAAGCCAACGUCCACGCACAGGACUCGUUCGGCCAAACACCUCUCCACCUUGCUGCCAUGCGCAGCAACGUUGAAAUUCUCCAGGAUUUGCUGGAAGCCGGGGCAAACCCUUUGGCCCGUGACCAGGAUGGGGAGACACCGCUGGUGGUUGGAUUUGGAACAGAACUGGACUUGGAUGCGCGUUGCCUUUUGUUGAACAGUUGUUGGCCGCGCCUGCAAGCAGUUGAUAUCUUCCAGCUAAUUCUGGUGGAGUUAUUUGAUUUUGUAGCCAUCCACAAGGUUCGCAAGCUAUGUCGACCCCUGAACUGCCAAGCCAUCUUCUACUUUGGCCACGACAUUUGCGGAGGAAGUGGCGUGGACCCUAAGAAGCGCAAGGUUAAUACAGAUAUCAGGCACAACAAGCUUAUUGCAAAAAGCUUAUGUGAGCGCAGAAAGAAUGACGUUCACAUAGCGCCGCAUUCCACAAAGCUUGCCAUGCCUGACACAACAUCUUUGCACGAUUUCAAUCUGCAAUCGCUCCUCCCAGAGGUCCUAGGACAUGGGUACGUGGUGCGGAGCAUCAUGCCAGAGAAACCAUGCACCUGGCCGACGUCGUCCCCAGAAGUCAUCGACCACCUGCGAUUUCUGCACGCCCAUCCUCGAGAUGCAAGAUUAACGUUUGAGCCCGAGAGCCACACAUAUUUUUGGGACGGUCGCAGAGUCAGCAUCUCCACAACGGGCCUGUUGCACAACUUCACUCAAGGCUUCGAUCCAGACGAAGCAAUUGCAAAAAUGACGUCUGGUCGCAAUUGGCCCCGCCUUGGUUACUUGAAGCAUUCCAUCCCGGAUGCAGUGUGGCCAGCCUUGUCAAAUUUGGGCUAUGCAGAGGAGCUGCUCGUGCUGUUGUCAGCGAAACCGCGUCCAGACGAACAAAUUUGUGAACUUACAAGAAGUCUUGUCAACCAGCACCCGUCUGACAAAGACGUUCUUCAAAGUAUCGCACAGUCUGCUGCGCAAAUAAAGCUGCAGUGGUCAGAGCGAGCAGAAGUGGGAGCUUCGCAAGGCACUUGGAUGCACACUUCCUUUGAGUGUUUGCUCAACGGCGGGUUCAUCACUACUUAUGAUGAGGAAGUUUCUCUUUUCAAGAAGUUUCUGGAGUCUCUAGUUGCUUCGUCCAAAGGCAUCCAAGUCUUUCGCACUGAGUGGGCGAUCUUUGCAACGGAAGAAGACUUGGCCGGAUCAAUUGAUUUAGCCUUGAAGACACCAGAUGGUUGCCUGGUUCUGGUUGAUUGGAAGCGCACCAAGGGCUUGUCUCUGAAGUUCGAAUCCUUCGGCAGACGCAUGAAGGCAUGCCUGUCACAUGUGCCCGAUUCGACAUUGUGGCAGUACCGGUUGCAGCUGAACAUCUACAGGUGCAUUCUGGAAAAGUACUAUAGCUGCAGAAUUUCUGCCAUGUUCAUAGUUGGCUGCAAUCCAGACAAUGGGGCACAUGCACGUGUGUGGCUUCAGCUUGAUGAAUUUUACAAGACUGCUGUCCCAUUCUCGCACACACUUGCCAAGUUUCCUGCACUCUUUUGGAUCCUACCGGCGCCGUUCGAGACCAUGGAGCCCCGCAUAGAGUGGCGAUACAAGCUUGAAGUGGCCCGAAUCUUUUUGCGUCUCAUUCAGGUCUUGUCGUUGCCUUCCUUGCAUGCGCAGGCAAAGCCAAUGGUGUCGAAUCGACCGGGUCCAAAACGAAUGCCAGCUUUCAUUUUCUACCGCUACCUUGCGCUUUACCAAGCCUUGAAUGCGCAUGUGUGGGAAGGCCGCAAAGGUAAGGCUGCAAAGGAGAAAGUGCUUGGCAUGCAGUUCUUCUCCUGCCAUGAUAGGAAAGGAGGCGCGUCACAAGAGGGAUGCGAUUUUCAAGCACAAGUGGAUGCGGAAAUGCAACACUUGGACGAUGAUGCUGAGCGCAUGCAACAUGCACGACUUGCAGGCAAUGACAGAGGCAGUGACUUUGCGGUAUCCCAGGCAGCACCAGAAACUCCCGCGGCAAUUGAAGCAACCGCAGCUAAAGAGGAGCCAGUUGAUGCUGAAGACGGCCUUCACCAUGAAGUCCUUGUGGAAGAUGCUUCUGAGGCUACCUGGAGGAUAUUGCGAAAGCGGCACAUGGUGCGAUUGUCCACCGCUGCUGCGGCAAUCUUCUGCAUGAGGACAGCUGACAUUUCCAUGCGGGAACAUGCGUUGAUGCUGUGGAUUCUGGAAGGAACUGACUUCUUGAGGUUCCACGAAGGUGAUUGCUAUAUGUUGCAUCCCUCUGGGGCCUUUCAAAGAUACAGAGGUGUGCCUCCAGAUUCCAGCCGGGUUCACAAUAUCUUGCUUCAGCUAGAAGGCUUGUUCCGACGACUCCCAGAAGAUUUGCCACGGGAACGGCUUCCACUACUGCAGGCUAUCAGAAGACAGUGGGAAGAUGCAGGUGAAAGUGACGAAACUUUUGCACAGCGAUGCAUCAGGGCAGCUGUGAGUAAUGUGGGCGAGAAUUUAAUCAAGCAUCGAGGUGGAGAGGACGAACUUGAUGUUGAUUCUGAUGUCAAACACUGGCGUUUCCAUGUAGCACGAGUGGUCCUACAGCUAAAGGUGCGCUUAGCUCGGGAACUUACCGAGGACAAGUUGCUGCACUACAUGGUUGAAUGGUGCGAGACACCAAAAAAGAGCGCCCCUGCCUGCUGUUUCGAAGACUGCUGCGUUGAGUACAGGAAUGAUGGCGUUGCUCGUCAGGUAGCCCGUGCAGAAAUUGCCGAUGUAUAUGUUCGAAUUCCUCACCAGCUGAAGGGCUCAGUGCCUCCGGACAUCUUGGAGCGAGUGCAGAAGUUCUACCGGCAGACUUUCUGGUGUAAUGUCGCGGCAUUCAAAUGCUGUCAGGCAGCGCAAGCCUUAGCCAAGCGUGGUCACAACGUUACUCGCAUCUUCAUUGGCUUGUCUUCCGGUGGCGUUGGCCAAUCUCUUUUUUCCGCCCACCUCCAGGCGAUGUAUGGGAACAACUUUGCUUACUUUGAUCCCAACAUCUGGUGGAAUGAAGAUGAGAUGCGGAAGCAGGUCGAGCAACUCAAUGGGUGCUUUGUCCUGACAGGACAAGAGACGCCGGGCACAAACAAGCGCCUCCGCGAGGAUCUGUAUAAAAAGUUCAUGAGCGCGGAAGGUAUAUCAGGACGUAAGCCCUAUGGCCUGCGGACGCGCAUGAUUGAGACUCGCGGGUGGAAAAGGCUGGAGGCAAACCGGAUGUUUCAAUUUCAGCAAGUGAGCAAAAAGGACUUUAAUGCCAUUCUCCGCCGGUCCUUCGUUUGGCGCGCUGUAGCCCGCUUCGAAGACCCUCGGGCAGUCGAAGGGGCUUAUGAAGACAUGUGGCGUGAUGGAGUUUUCCCCAAAGAUCCUGACCUGAAGCAGUUUCUGGUGUCAGGCCCUGCCAUCUUGGCGGCCCUUCAGAUUCAAAACGCGUUCGAAAUGAGAUUUAGUAAAGAGGACUGCGAGCGUUUGAUCGAGGAUUAUGCUUACUGGGGAGGGGACAGAGGCCUCACAGAGGACACUAUGAGGGAAGCUUGCGGCAUGCCCCCACGGGACGUCCGGCACGUUACCACCCAGGCCGCCUGUGUAAUUGUGGUUGACAACGAGCCAGGCGAUGCAGAAGACCCCGAGUUAAUGUGGACCAAGGUUGCGGAGAGCCUCAUGAACAAUCUCUUCACAGCAAGAAGGUUGGAUAUUACCAAGCCCAUGCUUUUGAGAAGUAAACUCAAAGAUGUUCCGAAUGUGAACAAGGAGCAGCUCGUCACCAGCAUGCUGGCAAACAAAAGGCUGAUACAAUCGUUCUCACGGGGCAAGACUGAGGAUGUCUUCACCAUCGGUCUUACCACCAAAGUUAAGCUAGACACUUUGGUUCCUUACAUGGACAGAACCAGUUGCCCCGUGUUGACUGAGAGGCUUGCUAUUUCAGCUUUUGCACGCUAUGUCAACAGUCCUGGCAGAUCUGACAAUGCUGAGACAUUGGCCUCCAUCUUCAAAAACAUGUCCGCAAAGGUGGGCAGACGCGGGCGCCCGACCUCAAGCGCCAAAGUUUUAAAGGAUAAGUAUGAAGAAAAAGCUUCCAAAAUCCUGUCCCAUGAAAAAGAUUGUCAGUCAUUGCUCAAGAAGAUGUCGGAUGAAAGACAUCCAGCGGCUUCGCAGAAAAGCCCCGCAAAAAAAAGGCUUCGCGCAAAGGCGCCCGAAGUUGAACUGAAGGAGGAACCUGUAGUCAAGCAGGAGGUUUUUGAUGCGGAGAAUAACCAGAUGACAGUUUCCCCAACGACCUAUGCAUACCCUGACACAACAAUUUUGCGCACGCGCAAGAUGGUACAAGGCUUAGGCGCACAAAAGUUCACAAGGAGAGCCCAGCAGCAUCUUCUGUCACACACACACGACCUAGACAUUCACAACUCCGUUUUUACAGUGAUCAGUCAGCUACUGGACAAGCUUCAGAUAGCCCCUGCCUUACCCCAAGAUAUCCGGUCUGCUUUGGAUCGUUGCGUCUCUGAUCGUGACAAAGUGUGCAGUGGUGAGCUACAGACCAGCCGCGAGGAAGGAAAACAAAUCUUGACAGCAGUCCUGUAUGGCGGAGCUAUCCCACAGCGUUUUGCAGGCAAUGAGUUUCUGAUUCGGCUAAGCAAGGUGUCCCUUUACAUGCGGUGGCUGGCUAUAUCACUGCUUGAAGAUGAGUUCCACAGAUUCCGUUCUGUAAACGUGAACAAGAAGAACCCUGACAUGUCAAUUCUUUCUCAUUUAUACUUGGCAGCUGAAGAUUACAUCUUGACUGCUUGGGUGACAUUCUUGGAGACUUUGAAGCCUGCUCACCUCUCAUUGCACUUCGAUGGUGUUCGCGUGUCGUUAGUGGGAGAUUAUUCUGUCACAGAGAUCUGCAAAGCGUGCGAGUCUCAUAUUCAAGCAGCCACUGGCUUUCGGGUCCAUAUUCGCGAAAAGCAACAUCGAACAGUUCUCCAGGCCAUUGAGCAAAAGGCCCUGCAAGAGCCCAAGAUGACAACCAAUCAAUGCCAGCUUGAAAAGCAUGGGAACUGCAUUCCAGCAGCCAUCGCUGCCAUUUUAGGGAGGCAGGCUUUUGUGGAAGAAGCUAUAGCCGCAGAGUCACAUGAAACCAGGCCUCAUCGUUCCUAUGGAGAAUGCGAAGGGCUUUGCAAAGUGAAGCUGAUUCCUUACCUGACUUUCGGAGAGUUGAAGGAUGGAAACUACUUGUUACAUUCGGAAGCUGGUGGCAACCCGCAUUGUGUGGGGUUCAGCUUAGCAAGUGAUGCUGAUGCCUGCGUUGUGCAUGACACCGAUUGCGUGUACACACUUUCGAAGGAUGCCCUUGAUGAGGCAAUACACUCGGGCGUGGAUAGCUCCACAUGUGUGUAUUUUCGAGUGCUUGAGAGCGACGCAAAUGCACAAGAGUUUGCUAAUGAGGAGCUGGACGAUGAGGAUGUGACAGCUUUGCUGGCUUUAGAAGCUGCUGGAAGGAAGCGACCCGCCGCUGCCCUUCCAACGAAAACGCGGACGCACAACAGAACAGAAGGUCUGAAAACUCGCAAGCUUGGUGUCUUGAAGCGUCCCAGCCAACAUGAGGCAGCUGCGCCUGCAGUCGAUUCUGCCAAUCUGAUUGCUUCAAUGGCUCCCACCACUCCUCCAGCACAAGCUCAAUUUGCCUUGUCUGUCCAUGGCUCAGACUCGGAGACGGAGCUCAUACAGGUGGCAUGCAGCGACACUGAGAUGGAAUCUAGCAUUGACUUGCCUGACUGGCUACAAGAGGAUGGGGUUGUUGCUGUAGAUACACACCUGCUGCAAAGCUUGGCUGAUGAAGUAGCUUCCCUUGCAGCUACCGCAGCUUACCAAAAGGUAUCCAAAGGCUUUGCCUGUCCUUGUUGCCCAUGGCGCUCCUUUCAAAGUCCCAGCCGUGUUACAGACCACUUGCGCAGGUACCACGUCAAGCGCAACCAGUACUGCUGUUCUGCGAAAAAGCAAAUCAAGUGCGUCCUGUCGUUGCACGAUUCUGACAUGAUUCGGGGCCAUCAAGCCGGAAAAUACUUGCAGCGCAGCGCGCAGCUUUUGAAAGAACAAGUGCGUCCACCCCUUCCGCAUUCUAUCAAUGCGAUCGACAGAAGGAUACGGCUACUUCUUGAUUCAGAAGGCCCUCGCUUUAUUCGGGAAGAUGCAUUGGGCAACACUGUCUUUGCUCGACGUGUUGGAAACAUCUUCUACACACACGCAUUUGCAGAAAUGAUUUUUCAAGAGCUGAUCUUGCACAAUGCCAAGGCCAGUCAAUGCUGA